AAAUGAGGAACUGUAUUAAAGGGCCACAGCCUUAGAAAGGUUGAGAAUGACUGUUCUUGCUAGAGCUUGGAGCCUUCAGGUUUAGGGAUCAAGGUGUUUAGUUAGUGAGCCCUACCCUGGGCUAUCUCAGAAAGGGUGACCCGGGACAUCUGCUGAGGGCAAUGGCAGGUAGAACUCUGGCCCUGUGUGAGGUGAGGCUCGGUUGCCAGGUGACUGUCCCAGGGCAGCCCCCUACUGUCUCUGCCCGCUGUGCUCACUCAGCAAUAGCCACCCCAUAGCGCUUUUCCCCUUGCCACCAUGUCGAGGCAGCUCAACAUGGACACCCUGCGGCAAAACUUCUGGAAGGAGGAAUACCUCAGAGAGAUGAAGUUGCGCUGUGAAUGGCACCACAAGUAUGGGGCUCUGGUGAAGGCCAAACAGAAGGCUAAGGCCGCAGCUCGCCUGCCCCUCAAACUGCCCACCCUGAUGCCUAAGGCCCCGGACUCACCACCACCUGUCUCCAAAGCAACCCCUUCUAAGGCCCCCAGCCCUGUCCCAGAGGCUCCUUCACAGUCAGAAAUGUACCCAGUCCCACCCGACACCAAAGCCCUGCUCUAUGAAGGCAUCUCCCAUGACUUGCAGGGACGCUACCAGUAUCUCAACGCCCGAAAGCUGGACCUGCCAGAGACGCGUUACCUGUUCCCCAUCACCACCAACUUCACAUAUGGCUGGCAGCUGGGCCCCCCAAUAAAGCAGGAAUUGGUCUCCUGCAAGAUGUGCCGCAUUGAGUCGUUCUUCCGUAAGAAUGGAGCUUUUGCCUUACUGGACCCCCGGGACCUGGCCCUCUGACCUUGGAGCAGAA